ACUGUCUCGAAGUACAGAACAAAACUUGUUCCGUUCUCUAGAUCUCUCUCUCUCUCUCAAGCACAAUUAAAAUGGUUAAUACAAAGCUAAUUGUCUCAGCUCUCUCUCUCCACUUAAUGCUUGUUCCUUUUGUAUUAGACCUUGUCUAUGCUGAUCAAGGUUUGACAUUAGGGUUUUACAAACCAUCAUGCCCCUCUGCUGAGGAUAUUGUCAAAGCAAAAACAAAAAGCUACAUUUCCAGGGUGCCGAGUCUUGCUCCUUCUUUGUUAAGGUUGCAUUUCCAUGAUUGUUUUGUGAGGGGAUGCGAGGGUUCGGUGCUAUUGAACUCCACGAGUAAAAACACAGCCGAGAAAUCUGCAGGCCCCAACUUAAGCCUAAGAGGAUUCCAAGUAAUCGACGGCGUGAAAACGGCACUUGAAAAACAAUGCCCUGGUGUUGUAUCCUGUGCUGAUAUCCUCGCUCUAGUAGCUCGAGAUGCGGUUGUGGAGAUCGGUGGACCCUCUUGGCCAGUUCUCACAGGACGAAGAGAUGGUAGAGUAUCACUCGCUACAGAAGUGUUGAAUAAUCUACCAGCUCCUUUCUUCAACAUAACUCAACUAUCAACGCUUUUUGCCUCGAAGGGUUUAACUGUUAAAGACCUUGCAGUUUUAUCAGGUGCACACACAAUAGGAGUCAGUCACUGCGCCAGCUUCUCACCCCGACUGUACAACUUCACCGGAAAAGGCGAUACUGACCCGUCACUGGACCCCAACUACGUAGCCAAACUGAAGGAAGCAUGCAAGCCGAAAGAUGCAACCACGCUCGUCGAGAUGGACCCGGGCAGCUUCAGAACGUUCGACACUCAUUUCUACACUCUUGUGGGCAAAAGAAGAGUGUUGUUCAACUCUGACUCGGCUCUUCUCGCCGACCACACCGCAAGCGCUUACGUGCGAGCUCAGGCAUUGCCGGAGGGUUCAACUUUCUUUAACGAUUUCGGCGAAUCCAUGAUGAAUAUGGGUCGGAUUGGCGUCCUUACUGGCAGUUCAGGCGAAAUCAGGAAACAUUGUGCUUUCGUUAACUAAUUAUUGGCAUCUCUUUUCUUUCUUUCUUUCUUUGUUUUUUUUGUCAAACGGAAAUUUAUUGGCAUCUCUUUUCACUGUCAUAAAUACUACGGCCGGAUACAUACAAAAGCGAGCGGAUCCAGACACAAAACCGUUAUGGUAACAUGGAUAUAACAUGUGUUGUGUGUGAGAUCUACGUGUAUCGAAUAAUUUCAGCCGUGUGUAUAUUUGGAUUUGUAUGUGUCUGUUUCUGUCAAUAACAUUACAAUCAUAUUUGUUUGAUGGGUCUUUUAUUC